CUUAACGAAGCCUGUGCGGCUCCUCUCCCCUGAAGGCCGCGGAAAAUGGGUUUCCUGGGCAGGCUGGCGGCGCUGCCAAAACUUGUUGGGGCGGCGGCGGGCCGGGGCGGCGGCGGUGCCUGGCGGCGGCCGGGACGGCCCUGCGCGGAGAGCCCGCUCCCGGGCUGGGCCGCCGCUGCCCGCCGCCCGCCGCCCGGCGGCCGCGCCGCCUCCUCCCGGGCGCUGGGCGGGUACGAGGAAGUUUUCAGGUCCUCCGUGGCGGAGCCCGAGAAGGUCUGGGGAGCCGCCGCCGAGCACAUCCACUGGUACAAGCCCUGGGCCCGGGCCCUGGAGAGGGGCCGCCCGGGGACCGCCUCCUGGUUUGUAGGUGGAGAGCUGAAUAUCUGUUACAAUGCUGUAGAUCGUCAUGUUGAGAAUGGACGAGGAGACCAAAUUGCCAUUAUUUAUGACAGUCCUGUAACAAAUACCAAAGAGAAAAUAACAUAUAAGGAACUUCUUGAACAGGUCUCCAAGUUAGCUGAUGUCAUGGUCAGACAUGGUGUGAAGAAAGGAGAUCGUGUGGUCAUCUACAUGCCCAUGAUUCCACAGACAGUGUACUGUAUGCUGGCUUGUGCAAGAAUAGGAGCCAUCCAUAGCCUGAUUUUUGGUGGAUUUGCGUCUAAAGAGCUUUCUGUUCGCAUUGAUCAUGCAAAGCCCAAACUUAUUGUAACAGCAAGUUUUGGAGUAGAACCGAAAAGGAAAGUGGAAUACCUAUCCCUCCUAGAAGGAGCACUGGCAAGGGUACAGAGCAAACCUGAUAAAGUUCUCGUUUACAAGCGACCUAAUUUGGGCCAUGUUCCUCUUGCCCCAGGUCGUGAUCUUGACUGGGAAGAAGAGCUUGCAAAAGCACAGUGUUAUAAAUGUGUCUCCGUUCCCUCAGACCAUCCACUUUAUAUUCUGUAUACAUCUGGAACAACAGGCUUGCCCAAGGGGGUUGUCAGGCCAACAGGUGGCUAUGCAGUUAUGCUGAACUGGACAAUGUCAGCUGUAUAUGGACUCAAACCUGGUGAGGUGUGGUGGGCAGCUUCUGAUUUAGGCUGGGUUGUUGGUCAUUCCUACAUUUGCUAUGGGCCUCUCCUUCAUGGCAAUACUACAGUUUUGUAUGAGGGGAAGCCUGUGGGAACGCCAGAUGCUGGUGCCUAUUUCCGUGUGCUAGCAGAGCAUGAAGUAGCUGCCUUCUUUACUUCACCAACUGCAAUUAGAGCAAUCCGUCAGCAGGACCCUGAGGCAGCCUUGGGAAAGCAGUACUCUCUGAAAAGGUUCAGAACGUUAUUUGUAGCUGGUGAGCACUGUGAUGUGGACACGCUAGAAUGGUCAAAAAAGGUCUUCAAGGUACCUGUCUUGGACCACUGGUGGCAAACUGAAUCUGGUUCUGCAAUUACUGCUUCCUGUAUUGGUUUGGGGAACUCUACAACACCUCCACCUGGACAGGCAGGAAAACCAGUGCCAGGAUACAAUGUGAUGAUUCUGGAUGAAAAUAAGGAACCAGUGAAGGCGAAGACUUUGGGAAAUAUUGUGGUAAAGUUGCCUUUGCCUCCUGGAGCAUUCUCAGGUCUUUGGGAAAAUCAAGAAACAUUCCAGAAGUUAUAUUUCCAAAAAUUUCCAGGAUAUUAUGAUACUAUGGAUGCAGGUUAUAUGGAUGAAGACGGCUAUUUAUACGUCCUGUCUCGAGCUGAUGACGUGAUCAAUGUUGCCGGACACAGAAUUUCAGCAGGCGCGAUUGAAGAGUGUGUUCUCUUCCAUCACGCUGUGGCAGACUGUGCUGUUGUGGGCCAGGAGGAUCCUUUAAAAGGACAUGUUCCGUUUGCGCUGUGUGUACUGAGAGAAGGUAUAAAGACAGAAGAGGAGAAGAUUUUGGAAGAGAUUGUUAAGCAAGUUCGAAUUAACAUUGGCCCAGUAGCAGCUUUCCAGAAGGGAGUGUUUGUGAAACAGCUACCAAAAACACGCUCUGGCAAGAUACCACGUUCAGCUCUUUCUGCCCUUGUCAGUGGAAAGCCAUAUAAGAUAACACCGACCAUUGAAGAUGCUAGCGUGUUUAAACACAUUGAAGAAGUGCUAAAGAAAAAUUAAAUGGGAUAAUACGUUGAUAACAAACGUGUCAGUUACUGAAGUAUACAAAGAGACUUUCUGUUAGGAAAUACCACAUUUUAAAAACUAGUAAUGAUUUGGGACUAAUUUUUUUUACUUCAGAAAUGUUACUGUGUUCUUUACCAUAUUGUCACAGCCAAUGAAGCAUACUAAAGUCUCUGCAUGUUGUCAUUAUAUGCUGGAUAUUAAGAUUGCUAAGAAUUGCAAAUAGAAUUUAUACAUUUCUAUAGCCUUAAAGGGAAGGAGUCACUGGAUUGUCUAUCUCAUGUGAUGUCAUGUAACCUUACAUUUCAAUCCAUUAUUGUAUAAUGUGACCAGUAACUUGAGUUUGGCUAAAACAGCUUACAAAAGGUAAGCCGUGAACUGAGGACAGCAAUAAAUAGUAAUUCUAAUGUGAAAAUUAUUGCAGACAUAAAUUGUCCUCACUCGUAAAUUAUGAGUGACUAAAAGAUACUUUAUGUCUUAGAUUUUUAUAAAUUUUAAAAUUUUAAAAUUAGUUUUCUUGAUGCCACUGAUUUUUUUUUUCCUAUGUCUUUCUGCUAUAAAUUAGAUUCCUGUAGGUUUUUUACUCAAUAACUUUCUGAAGUGUCUUUUUUUGUAGAAUGAUAGAUAAUUUCUGGUUUUCAAAUCUGUGAAAAUCUUUAUUUGUCCAUAGUAAUAUUCCAUAAAAAUCAUGUAUUUUAAAUAAAGGCAGGCAUUUAUCCUUUGCA